AUGUGCGGCUAUCUAUGUGAGAUCUAUCUAUCUAUCUAUCUAUCUAUCUAUCUAUCUAUCUAUCUAUCUAUCCAAUCAGUAUGUUCUGUACGUCACAUCAUAUUUAUAUCUUCCCCAUUUUGGCUAUCAGGUAUUAUCUUUUUUUUUCUGUGUGACAGAAGACAUACCACCACUUCCUUUCAUGAUUUCUUUCUCUCCUGCUUUUCCUUCGUUCCUUCUUUUUUAUUUCUCCCUUCCUUCUAUUAUUUCUUCCUCCUUCCACUUUCUCUCCUUCUUUCCCUCCAUUCUUUCCUUCCAUUUCUCCUCUAUUCGUUUUUUUUUUUUUUCUUUCUUUCUUUUUCUUUUUUUCUUUCUCCUUCUUUUCUUUCUCUUUCCUUUUUCCCUCCAUUCUUUCCUUCCCUCUCUAAAUCUAUUCUUUUCUUUUCUUUCUUUCUUUCUUUUUUUUUGGAAUUUCUUUCUUUCUUUCUUUUUCUUUCUUCUUCCUUUCUCUCUUCCUUCACCCCAUUCUUUCCUUCCCUCUCUCCUCCAUUAAAGAUUCUUUUCUUUCUUUUCUUUCUUUCUUUCUUUUUUUUCUUUCUCCUUGGACAUUUUUUAAAUAACUUUCCCUCCAUUCUUUUCCUUCCCUUUCUCCUCUAUUCGUUUCUUUCUUUUUCUUUUCUUUUUUUCUUUCUUUCUUUCUUUCUUUCAUUUUCUCCUUCCACUUUCUCUCUCAUUCAUAAAUCCAGACUUCCUUUUUUCUUUUCUUUCUUUCUCCUUCCACUUUCUCUCUCCCAAAAACCCCUUUCUUUUGUUCCCCUCAAUCCUCUCCCUUUGAUUUUGUCUUUCUUUCUUUCUUUCUUUCUUUUCUUUCAAAAGAUUCUUUCCUUUGAUCUUUCUCCUUCUUUCUCUUUCCUUCAACAGACUCCUUUGAUCUUGUCUUUUCUUUCUUCUCUUUCUCACUUUUCUUUGACUCCCAAAAAUCUCUCCUUUUCUUUUCUUUUUCACAGAAUCCUUUUAAUUUUUCUUUCUAUCUUUCUCUCCCAACUUCUUUCUGACCUUUCUUUCUUUCUUUCCUUUCUCUUUCUUCUUGUCCCCCCCAACUCCCUUCCUCUCUCUCCCAAAAAACCACAGACUCCUUUUCUUCUUCCUUCUUUUUUCUUUCUUUUCUUUCUCCUUCCAAAAAACAGAUUCCUUUUGAUCUUUCUCCCAACUAUUUUCUUUCUCUCUUUCUCACAGAAAGUAACAGCAGACUCCCUUUUCUUUCUUUCUUUCUUUCUCUCUUCCUCACUAACAGCAGAUCUCCCUUUGAUCUUUCUCCCAAUUCUUUUCUCUUCUCUCUUCUUACUCUCUUUGAUCCAUUCUCCCUUCUCUUUCUUUCUCUCUUUCUUUCUUUCUUUCUUUCUUCUUUUCUUCUCUUUCUUUCUUUUCUUUCUCCCUUCCACUUUUCUCUCUCCUCCCUUCCCCCAUUCUUUCUUUGAUCUUGUCUCCCCAACUCCACUUUCUCUCUUUCUUUCUUUCUUCCUUUCUUUUCUUUCUUUCUUUCUUUCUUUCUUUCUUUCUUUCUUUUCUCCCAACUUUCUCUCUUCCUUUCCUCCAUUCUUUCCUUCCUCUCUCCUCAAUUCACUUCUUUCUUUCUUUCUUUCUCUUUCUUUCUUUCUUUCUUGCUUUCUUUCUUUCUCCUUCCACUUUCUCUCUUCCUUUCCCCAUUCUUUCCUUCCCUCUCUCCUCCAUUCACUUCUUUCUUUCUUUCUUUCUUUCUUUCUUUCUUUCUUUCUUUCUUUCUUUUCUUUCUUUCUUUCUUUCUUUCUCCUUCUACUUUCUCUCUUCCUUUCCCUCCAUUCCUUUCUUGUCUUCCCCUCUCUUCCUCCUUUCACUUUUCUUUCUUUCUUUCUUUCUUUCUUUCUUUCUUUCUUUCUCCUUCCACUUUCUCUCUUCCUUUCCCUCCAUUCUUUCCUUCCCUCUCUCCUCCAUUCUCUUCUUUCUUUCUUUCUUUCUUUCUUUCUUUCUUUCUUUCUUUCUCCUUCCACUUUCUCUCUUCCUUUCCCCCCAUUCUUUCCUUCCCUCUCUCCUCCAUUCACUUCUUUCUUUCUUCCCCCCAUUCUUUUCUUCCCUCUCUCCUCCAUUCGCUUCUUUCUUUCUUUCUUUCUUUCUUUCUUUCUUUCUUUCUUUCUUCUUCCACUUUCUCUCCUUCUUUCUUUUCCUUGUUUCUUACCCUCCUUCCUAUUUUCCUUCCUUUCUUCCGUCCUGUAG